GUGCCGAACCGCACUGUCCCUUUAAGACCUUCAGUUUGCAGCGGCAGAUAUGGCGGAGUGCAGGCGAUCUACCUCAGGGCUCUCUUCUUCAGCAGACAACAUGACGUCCCUUGCGAGGGCGCUUUCUCACAGCACAUUAAACCAGCUUGAUCAGUCGGAUGUUUUUCAGUCGCAGACGUCUCUCUGUAGGAUGGGUCAGGGUCGGAGAAAAGCCAUAUCGAGCAGCCAGAGUGUUGACUCUUUGGAUGUGAGCCCCAGCGCUGAGGCGAGGGUCCUGGUCAUAAACACCGGUGGGACCAUCGGCAUGAUGUACCAUAAUAACGUGCUGUGUCCAGAGCCCAAUGCCUUGGUUAAAGCCCUGCGCAAACUCCACAUUCUGCAUGAUGAGCAGUACGCCCAGCAGACCAAGCUGUAUGAGUACUAUGAGCACCCAGAGAACACACUAGUACUGCCACUGUCAAAACAGAACAAAAGGAUAGUGUAUACUGUUAUAGAAUAUUGUCCCCUGCUGGACUCCUGCAACAUGACAACAGAUGACUGGGCCGCUAUAGGGAAAGACAUUGAGAAACACUAUGAGAAAUAUGACGGCUUUGUCAUCCUGCACGGUACAGACACCAUGGCCUACACAGCCUCAGCACUGUCCUUCAUGUGUGAGCACCUUGGCAAGCCUGUCAUCCUCACUGGCUCUCAGGUACCUAUCUAUGAAAUGAGAAAUGACGGGAGAGACAACCUGUUAGGGGCGCUGUUGAUCGCAGGGCAGUUUGUCAUCCCAGAGGUGUGUCUCUACUUCCAUCACAAGUUGUACAGAGGAAACCGUGUCACUAAAGUGGAUGCAGGAAGUUUCAAUGCUUUUAACUCCCCCAACCUGGCUCCCUUAGCAAAUGCUGAAGUGGACAUCAAAAUAAAUUGGGACACGGUGUGGAGGGCCAACACAACAGCAAAGUUCAGGGUCAACACUCAGAUGAACCGUAAUGUAGGCCUCCUUCGACUGUUUCCAGGAAUCACAUCUGAGACAGUCAGGGCCUUCCUGCAGCCACCCAUGGAAGGGAUUGUGUUGGAGACUUAUGGCAGUGGCAAUGCUCCUGAUAACCGUGCAGACCUGCUGGAAGAGUUUCGAAAAGCCACAGAAAGAGGAGUCAUCAUGGUCAACUGCACCCAGUGCCUUAGGGGCUCUGUCACCACAUCAUAUGCCACUGGCAAGGCUCUGAGUGACGCUGGACUGGUAGCUGGGUGUGAUAUGACUCCAGAAGCUGCACUGUCUAAACUUUCUUAUGUGCUGGCCAGGAAAGACCUUACUACACAAGAGAAGAAGAAGAUGUUGAGCCAUAACCUGCGUGGUGAGAUGAUUGCUGACCUGGAGGGGGCCAAGCUGACUCUCAGUGACAGUCGCUUCAUUCAGGUCAUCGCUAAAUCCCUCAGUAUUAGCUGCAAAGAGGAGCUGGAAGCCAUCCGUGAUGCUUUGACACCCACACUGGCCUGUGCUGCAGCUAAGAUUGGUGAUACUGAGGCCCUGGAGGCAAUCAGGGAGAUGGGCAGUAACCUAAGUAUGGCAGAUUAUGAUGGGCGAACUCCUCUCCAUGUUGCGGCGUGCGAGGGUCAUCUGAAACUUGUGCAGUAUCUUUUGGGCCAAGGAGCCACUGUCUAUGCCAAAGAUCGCUAUGGAGACACGCCCCUUCGAAAUGCUAUUCGUUUUAGACAUAAAGAUAUUGUGAAGCUCCUGAGAAAAACCGGUGCCCAUCUCUCUUGGGAUGAAAUGGAAGAUGCUGGAACUGAACUUUGCAGGCUGGCAGCAUGCGCAGACUUAGAGGGUUUGGAGGUUUGGCAUCUAGCUGGUGCUGAUAUGACCAUGUCAAGUUACAGUGGACAGUUGCCCAUAGAAGUGGCCAUGCAGUCAGGCAAUGAGGAGGUUGUUCAGUUCCUCCAGUGGGCUGCUCAGUAUCGACCUCAGCGUCAGACAGAUGAGGGUAAUGAGCCAGUUUUUGAUGAAACUGAAGAGAAUGGUGAAUUCAUCGAGUUCACUGCGUGUCCACAGAAAUCCUGAAGAGGCGAUCCUUUUAUACCAAUGACUUCCUGCCACUUCCGUCCUUCUAUUUCAGUUUAUCUUGAAACUGUUCUUUUAAAAAAUAAUUUGAUAUAUCAUUUUAAUUUGAUACCUUUUAUUUUAAAAAGCCAUUAUCUUUAUGUGGUCUAUGAGUCGUCCAUGUUAGUGUUAAGCACACAAAUGUGAAUGUAUUAUGAUACUGACUGUGGAGAAUUAGGCAGCACAAGUGUCACUGCACAGUGUGCUCUACUAUCAAAUCAGUGUUAGAGAGCAAUAAAGUGUUUUGUGUCCAAAAUCAUUCGACUCACACAGGGGAAUGCAAUAUUUCAAUGUUUAGAAAGUUUGUGUUAGUGACCUGUUCCAGUUCAAAUGUGCUAUGGUGUACAUACUGUACACUAUUUGCUUUUACCUUUUACUACGGUUUUUUAGAGUUAUUCUUAUAUUUUCUUUUUUUUUAUUCUCUUAAGAGUAUAUAUGGUGAAUGGAGGAACAGCAAAGUAAGAAUUUCAUUGUACAGCGCAACUGCCUGUUCUGCUGUGCACAUGACAAUAAAACUCUUGAAUCUUGGUAUCCAAAAGAUCCACUUGAUUAUUGUAUAGCAUGUAAUGUAGUUAUGACGUCGUAAAUAUGGUUGAUUUCUGUGGCAAAUGUUGUAAUUUGCACUAGAUGGUUACAGCUGACCACCAUGUGUCUGUGUACCAUUAGCUAAUGUGAACUGCCACAGAAGGUCUUGAGCAAUAUCACUAUUACAUGUUUUUGAGAAUGUUUCUCAAAUCCCUACCAUGUAAAAUGAAAUCACAGUAUUUUAUGAAUAAUUAUUCACUUUUACUACACACUAGGGUGCAGAAGUGCUAGGUGUAAACUAAUUUAUUUAUACUUGUUGUCCUCCCACUUUCUUCACCACUGAAUGUUAUCCUGCGUACCAAAUCAGGAAGACGUGUAAGACGUUCCCAUGUAAUGCAUAGAAAGAUGUGUAUCAUUGUGUAAAUGCAAAUGCUGUAGAGCUGUGUGACAAUUGUGUUGUAGUACAAUGUAUUUGUUUAAACAUUAAAAACACUGUCUGUAUGUAAAUGAGAUGUAACUAUGAAUGCUGCAUAGUAUCAUAUUAGUCAACAUUGAAGGUUUAAAAGGGUUGUGUUAAAGGAUAUCAGUCUGAUUGCAUUUUAGUUUAAAACAUUUUUGACAGUUUGUAGCUUUAUGAUAUACUGUAUCUUCAUAUUCAUACUCAACUGUCUUUAUCUUUUCGGUGCCUUUAGACUCAAUUCAGCUUGAUAACCCUUUAAUUUCUAAAAUGUUUCAUGAUUUCAAAGUAAGCCAAAUAAAAGCACAGGGCAGCAGACAAUGAAUCAUGUAUUAUUUUUAUUAUUAUUAUUAUUAUUAUUGCUAUUAUUUGGGAAUAUAUGUGUGUUGUCUAAGAUGGAGAGGUAUACUUCUGUAUGUUCUUAGUGUUUGAUGUAAGGUACAAACACAAAGAUGGAAUUAAACAUUUUCAUCAUAA